GAAUAUGGAGACGUUACGGUUAAUAAGUAACAGUGUAUUGGUUCUGCAACACAGGAAAUGUGAAGAGAAACUAAGAAGUACUUUUGAGAGCAAGCAGCUAUAAAACUGAUUUUUUUGUCACAAACACCAAAGCAUGUGAAAUGGCGUCCAAGGCAACUAGCCCAAAACCAGUUCCAUUUGCCAAGCGUCCGGACAACUCAGCAUUUAAACAGCAGAAACUUCCAGCCUGGUAUCCUGCUCUCACUGCAGUGACGGUGCUGCCCUUCUUCUUCCUGACUGGGCUGGCGUGCAUACUCAUUGGAAUCUGGCUGUUUCUAACAGCUGCAGGGAUCAAGCAAAUUACGGUGGAUUACACACAGGGUGGAACUUGCUCUUUGUGCUCUGACCUACGGAAAGAUAGAUCACAAUCAUUAAAUUCCUGUGAAUGUAAUGUCGACUUCAGUUUAAAUGAAAAUUUCACGGGUGAUGUCUUCAUGUAUUAUGGGCUAACUAACUUCCAUCAAAAUGUUCGAUUCUACAUGGACUCCAGAGAUGAUGCACAGCUAACGGGCAAUGAAAAUAACUUAAAGAAUCCAAGCAGUCUUUGUGCACCUUUUGACAAGUACAAGAAUGGAACACCCAUAGCUCCUUGUGGAGCAGUAGCCAACAGCAUGUUUAAUGACACUCUUAGACUUUUCUACAAAAAGGACAAAAACACACAAAUAUUAGUUCCUUUCUUGAAUUAUGGGAUUGCCUGGUAUACAGAUAAACAUGUGAAGUUUCAAAAUCCAUCACCGAAGAACAACCUCUCUGCAGCAUUUCAAGGGACUGGGCGCCCCUAUUAUUGGCAAAAAACAGUAUAUGAGCUUGAUGUGCAGAACAGCGACAAUAAUGGCUUUGUAAAUGAAGAUUUAAUUGUCUGGAUGAGAGAGGCUGCAUUCCCAAGUUUUAAGAAACUUUACCGAAGACUGAAUUGUUCUCAGGAGUUUAGUAAUGGUCUUCCACUUGGCAACUACAGUCUUUUGAUCACCUACAAUUUCCCCGUAGGUAAUUUCAAAGGAAGAAAAUCUAUGAUUCUCUCAACCGUUUCCUGGCUUGGUGGAAAGAACAAUUUUCUAGGCAUUGCCUACUUAACAUCUGGGGCAAUUAUCACUGCCGUAGCAGUGACAAUGACAGUAAUUCAUAUAAAAAUUGGAAAAAAGGCUAAUGUCUUAGAGGACUAGUCUUGCAUAGAAUGUGUUUUCUUUAUGACAUUUAAGUUUACACAGCUCUUUUUGGGGAAUGUUUAUAAGUCAAUACAGUAUAGUUAAAUUUACAAAGGAUGAAUGUAUACAACAUGAAAAUAUUUCCAUUAUAACGCCACACAAUCUUGAUGAGAUUUAAAAUGGAGCCUCUUUGAUAGCAGAUACAAU